AUACAUUUUGAAUGUCAAUAUCUUUUGUAUGUUUAACUCUUGUAUAUAAAUAAAAGCAAAAACCCUUUACAAAUUUCAGUACCCCACUUCCCCCCUCAAUCACCUGUCAAUUCUUAUCUUUUUUCUCUCCACCGCCGUCUCCGACCACCGCACAACCACCGGUCAAAAACAACCACCAAAGCAACCACCUUUUUCAAGAAUCCCCUGUUUUUGAUCGGAUCCCAGAUCCCAAAAUGCCUUAAUUUUCACAUUGUCGGUGGCUUUGUCACUCCAACAUUAAAUUCCCUUAAUACCCAUUUCAGAUUUGAUCCCCUUUUGGCUUCUUGAUCUAAUUCCCAAAUGUGUUUAUUCAAUGUAUGUAUGCAAGAAAUCUUGAUAAAGAUUCUUGUUCAAGUCUUAUAAUGCUGUUUAAUUUAGUGGGUAAGUGUAAAGUUUGAUUCUCUGUUGGAUCAAGAUUACAUAAAUCUUGGAUCUUGAAAACAUUAUCUUUUCUUGAAAUUUGAUCAGAUAUUCAGAUCACAAGAUCCUAAAUUUGUGCUUUUUUUGGUGUACCCACAUAAUAAUUAAGGGUUUUAGGGGUUGUGGGGAUAGUAAAAUGUGUGGGAUAUGAAGGGUAAAAUUGGAAUUGGGAUUAGGGCAAUGGGAUGGAAGACAAAUGCAAGGUCUUCUUCUUCGAAAAUGAAGGUGUGGAUAAUUAGGGGGACAACAAUGGUGUUAUUGUGGACUUGUUUGGUUCAGUUGACAGCUUUAGGGGAUACAUGGGGUCCUAGGGUUUUAAAGGGGUGGCCUUCUUCAUCCACUCAAGAUUCUCAUUCUUUAGAUGUCAAGUUUUUGCCUGCUGCUCCUGUUAGGGUUCUUCCACACAAGAGGGUUUAUCAGAACAAUGGUUACCUUAUGGUAUCAUGUAAUGGAGGACUCAAUCAAAUGCGGUCUGCGAUUUGUGAUAUGGUUGCAAUUGCAAGAUUUUUGAAUGUUACUCUUAUAGUUCCCGAGCUGGAUAAGACGUCUUUCUGGGCUGAUCCAAGUGAGUUUGAAGACAUUUUUGACGUUAAUCAUUUCAUUACGUCCUUGAGAGAUGAAGUCCGUAUACUCAAACAACUUCCUCCUCGGCUUAAAAAGAGAGCGGAUUUAGGAAUCGUGCAUACUAUGCCUCCCAUUAGUUGGUCAGAUAUUUCUUAUUAUCAUAAUCAGAUUCUUCCUUUAAUUAAAAAAUACAAAAUCGUGCAUUUGAAUAGAACCGAUGCUCGGCUUGCCAAUAACGGUCAACCCCUUGAACUUCAGAAGCUGAGGUGUCGAGUAAAUUUCGAUGCUUUGAGAUUUACUCCUCAAAUAGAAUACUUGGGUAGGCGUAUCGUUCAACGUCUGAGGCAAAAUGGGCCAUUUCUAGUGCUGCAUCUUAGAUACGAAAUGGACAUGUUAGCGUUUUCUGGAUGCACACAAGGAUGCAAUCUUGAUGAGGUGGAAGAGUUGACUAGAAUGAGAUAUGCGUACCCAUGGUGGAAAGAAAAGAUUAUAAACUCCGAAUUGAAGAGAAAAGACGGGUUAUGCCCUUUGACUCCCGAGGAAACCACCCUCACACUGAGAGCGCUUGACAUUGAUAGGGACAUCCAGAUAUAUAUUGCGGCUGGUGAAAUAUACGGCGGUCAAAGGCGAAUGGCUGAUCUUGCAGCCGCUUUCCCGAAACUGGUAAGAAAAGAGACUUUACUAGGGGCAGAUGACCUUCAAUUUUUCCAAAACCAUUCAUCACAAAUGGCAGCAUUGGACUAUCUCGUAUCAUUGGAAAGUGACAUUUUUGUCCCCACGUAUGACGGGAACAUGGCCAAAGUUGUCGAAGGUCAUCGCAGAUACUUGGGCUUCAAGAAAACUAUAACAUUGGACCGAAAAUUAUUGGUUGAACUAAUAGACAAAUACACAAGCGGGUCACUGAGUUGGGAUGAGUUCUCAAAUGCCGUAAAGGACGCACACUCCGCACGAAUGGGGAGCCCGAAAAAACGAGUGGUUAUUUCAGAUCGACCGAAAGAAGAAGAUUACUUUUAUGCAAAUCCAGAAGAAUGCUUACAGCCAUUAGAGACUAAACCUGUGAGCAUUUUAUAAUGAGACUUUUGAGGGUUAGUUAGGUCACCCAUGAGUCAGUGGUGCCCCGGGCGGGUCUUUCUUGACUUUUGACCCGCGGGUUGUGUUGGUGGCGGGUUAGAGAUAUUCGAAAGAGCGUAUAUUGGACCUUUGAUAGGGUUGGGAUGCGGGUUUAUUAUUAGUAUCUUAUUUUUUAAUAAUGCAAAAAUUAUGUAUAGAAACUAGUCAACUACCCUGACAUUGCAGGGUUAUAUAUUGGUAUUCGAAACUACUGAUACGUACAUGCCCGUUUGAAGUAUAGAUUAGUUUUCGCACGUGUGCAUA